UCUGCCUUCAACGUUCGUAUAUUCACUGUUACAGGUCUUUCAAAGAGCCAUGACUUCCGAUGUGACUGUCGGUACCAAACUUUGCCAUAUCAUCGGCCACCCAUCUCUCUCUCCUUGUUUCCCAAUCUGACGUCUCUUACCUGAUGUGGGGCAAGCAAUGAGACGUUCCAAUAUAUCUAGUUGCUACCCCGAAAUUGAUGACACUCAAUAUCAAUCCUCAGCCGUCAAUCCAUCCGAACAGUCCAAGAUGUCUCUCUUGUCACGUAUCCUAACGCAGUGCCCUUUUGUAUCCGAUUUCGUAUUUUCUGCAAAAUCAGGAGAUACAUCGAACGUGUUGCAUCGCCGGUCUCAUCUAAGUCGGAUUUUUACGCUUCGAAUUAUCUUCCACACCCAUAUCUGCGCAGUGCGGACACAGCCGAAUCAAGUACUAAAUGUUCGCCAGAGCCCCGAGAUGUUCCAAGAAUCCAUUGAUGAACUCAAGAGCCAUCUGAAAGAUAAGAUCGCACCAUUUGGCGUAGACAUCAAGUGGGCGGCAGUGCUCGGAAGACAAAUUACGACUACACAGACAGUUAACGUGCUUUUGGACAUCAUUAUAAACAGCGGGGCUGCACUUUUCGUUUCUGACUUCAAUUUCCCGUCUGUCCAAUGCUUGUGCGAACAGUACACCGGAGCGGGUGCUGAUCUGCAUCAUUGACCGGUCGGCUAAUCAUAACACUCCGAUUAGUGUUGCUACAACUAUUACUCUUUCCCCCCACAAUAUUCGUAAGCUGGAAUGGCCAAGGCGUGGUCCCUACCGGAAGAGUUAUUCAUCUUUACCUGUUCAAGACAUCGUAUCACCGCAAAUACCUUCGCCUCACUGUAUUAUUGCCCAUGUCUAGUCUGACAUCGCGUUGCCAUACAUUGGUCUGCUGUAGACGAGACAAUCCCCUGACGUUCUCCUCUCUGGAUUUUCGUGCAAUGCGUUGAUUGUGGCACACUUUGGUAACUCAAGAGUUCGCCAUCCUACAAA